AUGAACUUUGAGGUAUCUUGGAAGGAGACAGUGAUGAGUGUGGUUACUACUACGACUACCACCAUUUUAUAUGCACCGAUAGUGAAUGAUGGGAUCGGGCCUCUCGUUAACUUCCAUCUCUCGUCUGCAUUUAGGCUAUUUUCACAUGCAGACGAUGACUUGGACGAAACAUCGGGCGAAACAGCGAGCGGAACUGCCAUUGCAUCCGGGUCUGGGACUAAUACCACUGAACAAGAGGAAGGAGAGAUCAAAGCAGGAGAAGAGACUGCUCAAUCUUUGAAAUGUGACGAUUGUCAGAGACUAUUUCGUGAUGCCGCAAUGGCGGAACGUCAUGCAAUAAAGUCUGGUCACGUCAACUUUUCAGAAUCAACAACAGCGAUCAAGCCAUUGACUGAAGAGGAAAAGCGUGAGAAGAUAGCUGAACUUAAGGAGAGACUAGCUGAGAAGCGAAGGCUUAAACUAGUUGAAGAGAAGGAGGACGAGAAGCUGAAGGAAAAAAUAAGGAGGAAGUCAGGGAAGGAACUGAACGAGGCGAGAGAGAAACUGCAAGAGAGAGAAAUGGAAAAGGCUUUGUUAUUAAAAAAGAAAGAGAAAGAGGAGGAAAGGGCAGCGAAGGCCAGGGUCAAGGCGCAAAUUGAGCAGGACAAACGAGAUAGAGCCGCAAAG